AUGCCACACGUUUAUUUGCCACAAAUUUUAUGGCAUAGCAAAGAUAAUAAAAGAAGCGACCGAAUUUAUUCAGUAGACAUACAACCAUACCCAAAUUAUUAUAGUGUAAAAAAACUACAUAAAAAAUAUGAACGAUUUAAAACGUUUCUAAAAGAUAAAGAAAAUAAAUAUGAAAUAAAUCAUUUUGAUCAAAAUAUCGAAGAUAACGAGCAUAACACAAUAUCUCCUUCCGAUGAUAAUAAAAAUGGGUCAUUAAAAAUAGAUAAGUCCAUAAAUUCUGUAAAUAAAAAUAACAGUAAUCAUACCAUAAAUAAUAUUUAUCAAAAUAGUAAUGUAAACAAAAACAAUCAUUUAUCAAACGACAUUUCAAAUGGAGAUAAUGAUAAUGAAAAUUGUUCUCAAAGUAAAUAUUCGUUUAAUAAUGGUACCCCCAAAAUUUUCAUAGAUAAGGAUACACACACAAAAAGAAAAAAAGCUAUCAAGCUUAAUAUAGCUACUUGUGGGGCCGAUGAAUUUGUGCACAUAUGGAGGGUAUAUAUCAAUGAUAAUUUAACAGUUAGAUGCUUAAGUAGAUUUAUAGGACAUAAUGGUGAAAUUAAUUGUGUUCGUUUCAAUAAAAAUGGUAGGUAUUUAGCUAGUGGUGGUGAAGAUAAAUUUUUAUAUAUAUGGGAAAAAAGCAAAAAGCCAAAAAGUAUACCAUUGGGAUAUGAUGCAAGUUUUCUUGAUUAUAAAGAAUGGUGGAAUAUUGUUGGAUCCUUUAGAUGUAGUGGGGUUAUAAAUAGCAUUACAUGGUCUGAUAAUGAUACACUAUAUAUAGGUAAUGAAGAUAAUAAUAUUAAUAUAAUUGAAUUUGUUAAAAAUUCAUCAUGUAAAGUUAAAGUUUUAGAAGGACAUACAGGAAUUAUUCAAGGCAUAUCAUUAGACAUCAACAGUGAAAUUUUAGCAUCUCUUAGUGCUGAUCAAACUCUUAAAAUAUGGAAAAAAAAAGUUGAUGGGAAAUCCUGGAAACUUGAAAACUCCAUAAAAAAUAUUAAAACCGAUCAACUCGAAAAAAAAUCCACAUCAUAUAUUUCCUAUAAUGAAUAUGAAUAUAAUGAAAAGAAUACUGAAAAAAAUGAUUAUAAUAAUUCAUAUAAAAAAGAAGAAAAGCAAAGUCUUGAAAAUUCAAAUAAUCAUUCAAAUACGACCCAAAAUGAUGAUAAAGAAAGAAGAGAUCAGUUUUUAUUAGAAAAAAAUAAAAUAGAAGAAUAUGAUGAAAAUAAAAAAAUGCUUUUUAAAAAAAAAGACGAACAUGCAGAAGAGGAUCACGAAGAAGAAGAGGAGGAAAAAAAACUAAAAAGAUGUUUAUUUUCAAGUGAAGAAAUGUUACCAUCAUUUUUUCGGCGUAUAGAUUUUUCACCGAGUGGCGAUUAUCUAAUAGCCCCUAGUGGAAUUCAAUUUGAACAAGUUGAAAAAAAUAACAAAAAUGAUGAUAAUACAAAAACAAAUUAUCAAAUAAAAGCUUAUAGCUGCUUUUAUAUAUAUCAUAAAAAUUUAUUUAUUAAAUAUAAUAUUCCUUUUUUUACUGUUUUCUCUCAAACUAGCCAUUUUCUAGUAGCAAAAUUUAAUUAUAAUACAUAUAAAUUAAGAACACAAGAAAAUAUAUUUAAAAAAUGCUAUAAACAUUUAUUGGAAAAUUGUUUAGAAACAGAAAAUGAAUCAAAUCAACCUAGUAAGAAAAGAAGAUCAUUUGAAGAAUCUUCACUUUUUGUUGAAUUAAAAAAUCACAAUCACCUAUUGAAAUUAAAUUAUGAAAAAACACUAUUAUUUAAUGAUAAGGAGGUGCAAAAUAAUGAAUGCGACAAUAUAAGUAGCACUAUUUCAGAUAUCAAUGACCAGUCUGAUUACACUAAUGAAUCAGUGAAAGAUUACCCAUCUGAUUAUCCUUUAUCUAAUAAUGCAGAUAACUCAGGAGAACCCAAAACAAUGAAAAGUGAGUUUGAAGAUGCAGAAAUGGAAGAAGAUGAAGAAGAAAAGGAUGUGGAAAAUGACAAUACCAAAGAUGAAGCAAAAGAAGAAGAAACAAAAAAAACAGAACAAAAAGAUCAAUCACCAAACAAUGAUCAUAAUAAAAGUAAUAAUAUCGAUACCAUAAAUGAAGAUAAACAAAAUGAUUUAGAUACAUUAUGCGAAAAUAAAGAUAAAAAAGAAGAAAGAUAUAUAUAUGCAUUGGGAACAUUUGAUGGAAGUGUAUAUUUUUAUGAUAGUGAAAUUUUAGAUAUGCCAUUUAGUAUAGUAAAAAAUAUUCAUUUAUGUCCAAUUACAGAUAUAUCAUGGAAUAAUUUAGGAAAUAUAUGCGCAUGUUCAAGUUCAGAUGGAUAUGUUAGUUUUUAUUAUUUUGAUAAAAAAGAAUUAGGAAAUGUUAAAUCAUAUAAAAAUUACUAUUUUGGUAAAAAAUGUAAUGAUUUAGCAUUUGAUGAAAAUUAUUUUGAAAACAUAUAUUACGAUGAAGUCAAUUUUUUAAAUAAAGAUGAGUUAAAUGAUUACACAUCUAGUGAAGAUGAAUCUGAUGGAGAAAUUUCACAAUCUAAUAAAGAUGAACCAAAAGUUCGACGAAUUAAUUUAAUUGUUGGAAAUGCUGCAAAUUAUAUUUUAGCACAAAAUGGAAAAAAAUAA